UUGUUUAAAAAUUCCAUUCCACUGAAACGAAGAAGAAGCCAAAUGAUUGCACAAGUAAGUUUAAGCCUGCCUGCCUGCCUGCAAAAUGUUCAGAAAUUUCUCUGGUGAUGAACUGUGGCGGAAAGAAGAAGAAGUCAGCAAAUUCUCCGGUAGGAACAAAUAAAUCAAAGUUAGGGGCUCCAAAGGAGAAGAAGGAUGAAACUGAACAACCUUCCGCAAGUGUGAAGGGAGAAAGUCUGAAAAAGAAGAAGAAUAAGAGAAUGAAGAUGACUACGAGAAGAUCUGGCAACCCGACAGCAAUUGCAAAUGAACCAAUUCCUUGGCAAAAUUUGAAGAUCAAAAUUUACAAGCAUUUGGGAUCCGGUGUGAUGGGAUCUGUUUUCCUAAUCGACUGGCAAAAGAGCAAAAAGGUGGCACUGAAGCUUGUCCCACUGACGCAAAAUUCUUCAUGGCAUCUUUGUAAAGUCGAAGUGGACAACUUGAUCAAGAUUAGGCAGAUAUCUUCCGAAGUGCCGAAUUUCGUGAAGAUGCUCAAUAAUUGCAUCGUGGAGUCCAUCCCAGCCGAAGUGUGCAAAAAAUUCCAGUUGCUUCAAAAUACAAAGUAUUCCGUCAUUAUUCUCGAAAAUGGUGGAGAACCGCUGGCCAAAAAAAUAUUCAAAAGCGACGAGCAAAUAAUAUCUGCCGUCGCCCAAACGAUGCUCGCAAUGUGCGUAGCCAAAAGGAGGCUGGAUUUCCAACAUGUCGACAUUCAUGACAAAAACAUUUUAGUGUCGGAAACCGAAAGUGAAAUAAUGGAAUAUGUGGUGGAUGGAAGGAAAGUGCGUGUUCGGGCGUGUGGAGUGAAGGUUACUAUUAUCGAUCUUCAACUGAGCAGAUUUAAAUAUUAUCCUUCCCGAUACGACCUGAGGCGUUUGUGUGACGUAUUUAUUAUGUUGGCGAAAAAGACGAAUGAAGAAAGUGCUCGAAAGAUCAUUUUGAAAGCAGUUGAAAUUUGUCGGAACGCUCCUGACUCUGCUGGAUUGUGGCCGAAUGAUCAAUUCUUUGAUCAUACAUGCCGUUAAAUGAAACUCGAAUUGGGUCGUUCAAAUAAAUAUUCAAAUAGC